GGCCACAGCUGAUUUUGACAUUUCAUAUAAGCAGUUGGCGGUAUAGUCGAUAUUUCAGAAUUGUUUCAAUAUAAAAUUAUUUAAAAAUUCUAUAUAAAACAUGGCACCCGCUUUUGAAUCACGAACUUUUGUUAAUGGCGCAAUGUUGCGCAAAUUCAAUGGCCAGAAUGUAAGCAUAUUUCUGCGUAUCGAGGAAGAAGCAGGUACAGAUCUUAUAGCGUUAUCUACAGACAAACAGAAGAUUCGCGUAAAGCUGCAAGAUACCACCGGAGGACGUACCGGCAGCUGGGUAGAGAUUAUCGGCAAGCCAAUGGGUAGUGAUGCCAUCGAGGCCAAAGAGGCUAUUUUAUUUGCUGAGGAUGAACCGGAACUUGAUGAAGAUGCUUACAAUAUGAUGGUUGAAUUCCUGAAUAAUUGUAAGGAGAUCUAUAGAAGCGGUUAAAGUUUUUCAUCUCUAAUUAAAAUUAUAAAAUAAUAGUUUAAGGGGAAAAUUUUUAAUACAAUAAUCGUAAAUUCUUUAUUUGCAAAAUUGGAUUUAUAAAAAAAUAAAAGUGUUGCAGUAUUCAUGCUCUCGAGCAA